AUGUUGAUGCUAAAUAUACUAAAUCCCAGCAAAGAUAGUUGGGCUGAUUAUAUAUGCCAACUUUGCUCUAAGUAUGAAUCUUUUUUAAAUUCUAAAUUAGUCGAAAAUCCUUCAGAUCCAUUACUUGCAUUAUCAGAUGAGCAAGAAUCACAAAUUCAAAACGAUUUACGAAGGACUAUUAGAUUCUUCAAUGAUUUAGCUAAAUCGGCAAAUUUACCUUAUAUAAAGCAAAAUGGUGUACUUUUUAGAGUUGCAAGAGUAUUAACAAUGAUGAACUUGACGGAAUCAAAGUUUACUUAUAUUCAAGGCUGUGAAAGAUAUGUUUAUAUUUGCUAUCUUAUCUCAAUUCUCUUCACCACUGAAAAUGACCUACCAGAUAUGAUUGCUGAAGCGAGUGCUUAUUAUCUGGCAACUAAAAUGAUCGAAUUAUCUGGGAUUUCCCACUAUUUAUCAGAUCCGACAAGGUUAGAAAAUCAUUUUAGAGAGUUAGAUCAAAAAAUGUACCAAAUUAAUCCGAAUUUAAUGAAUUAUUUGAGCAAACAAAUGCAAACAUCAAUACAUUUCGCUUUAAGAUGGGAAAUUUUAUUAUUUGCCGAAGAGCAUGAUUACGCAGGCAUUAUUACAUUGUGGGAUCGCAUCAUAUGCCACAAGACUGCAAUGCAACAGUAUAUUGAAGCUCUUUGCCUUGCUCAUUUUGCACAAGUACCAAUUUGUAAACUUGGUCAACUACAACACUACAAGAACUGGAAUAUGCAGAAAUUAAUUGCAGAUGCCGAUAAAUUCAUGGAUCCAAACACAAAUCUUUUUGGAUGGGGAAAAGCUGCUAUGCUGUUCCUCGCAGUUGGAGUUGUUACAGCUGCUAAAUAUAUUAGUAAUUGUAUUUAA